CAGGAGACGUCCCCAGAGCCGGACCGCAGCACAACACUGAAGGCGCUGAUGAAUCUGUCGAGGAAGUCCGCGAAUAACGUCCGAGCCCUGCAGGCCGAGCUCGACGAGAUCCAGGCGGUGGUGUCCGACAUGAGGGCGGAGAAGGACGCCCUCCAUGAGAGCCUCGCGGAGGCGCGGCAGAUGAGGCACAAGUGGGCGGCCGCCGCCACCUUCGAGCCGCUGCCCGAGUGGGGCGACGAGCCCGCGGGCUUCGCGCUGGCGCCCCCGCGGCGGGACGAGGCGGCCGAGGCCGAGGCCGAGGCGCGCCGCGCGGCCGAGGCCCUGACGGCGGCCCGUGCGAGGGAGUGGAGCCAGUGCGCCGCCAAGAUGGAGCAGUCGCUCGGCACGCCCGCGCCGCAGUCGCGGGCGGAGUUCGCGGCGAGGCAGGCGACGCUGGAGCAGGAGCUCCGCGAGCAGCAGGAGCUCAAGCGGACCCUGCUGCACACGUCCGCGGAGCUCUCGGGCUGGAGGGAGGGCGCUGCGAAGUCGCCUCCGCCGCGCCCCCCGCCGCCGCCGCGCACCGGGAAGCGGGUGCCAAGACUCCAGGCCCCUCGGCAGACGACGCCGCCGGCGAUCCCGACGCCCGAGCCCGCGGACCCCUCCGGCAGCCGCGCGGACCAGCGUGCCGCGCUGGCCACCGGCUCCGCGGCGCCAGCCGCCUCCGCGGCAGCGGCGCCGGCGAGCCCGAAGGCAGCGGAACCAGCACGGGGCCUGUCCCCAGCGAGCCCGAAGAAGCAGGCGGCCGCCGUGGACUUCAACGAGCACCUGGACAUGGUUCGCCGGAGGAGGGACUCCUUUCAGAGGCUCGUGCAGAGGUCGAGCAUGCUGGCAUCGCUCAUGCGGGACGUGGGGGACGUUGUCGCAGCGGACGCGGAGGCACUCAGCCCUCGUCGCAGUGGUGUGGGCUCCCAGCUGGCGGACGACGAGGGCGGCGAGCCCGUGCAGGCGGCCGCCACGAGCUUCACGAAGAACGACGAGGAGCUCUGCGAUCUGGGCCCCGGCGUGCUCCUCUCGCGGGUCCAGGCGCUCCAGGUGAAGCUAGAGGAGAUCCAUGGCCAGGAGUUCGACUACGAGGCGGCAACCUCUUACCUGAAGAAGUACGGUUCCCUCAAGGACAUGACCGAGGCUCAGAGGGCACUGGUGAUGUCCCUUAUCGAUGGCGAGCCCAGAACUCUGCACCAAGCCAAGCUCUCUCCCCUGGAGCGGUUGCAACGGACAGUCUCUGCCUGCUGCGGCCGCUUGAAGGGUUCUAACGUCCGUUCCGAUCUGUACGCUACCAAGUUCAAGGAGGUCGUGCUCCACAAGAGGCUUCAGGAGCUCCGCAAGAAGUGGCAGCAGGUGCACAGCGCUCGGAAGCAAGACCAGAAGGCAAGUGCGAGCGUGCCAGCAGGCCCGAAACACUUCACAGGCGACCUUUCCCAGCUGAACACGCCCUCGGAGCCGAUCGUGACGAUGGUCAUCACAAACACCAGAACGACGGCCGUCACAAGGUCGACGACGCUGCCCUCCACUCUGGUCGCGGAGCCCCGAACUUUCUUCCCAGGGGCAUCGGGUUCUUCGCUCCUCGACCUGAAGCCUUCGCCUUCCCCCGACGUGCUGCCUCUGGCCGUCGGCGGCGCCCCAGUGUCUUCGCACGACGACCCCAGGGAGCGCGCCCUCGGGCGCGUGUACAGCGCGGCCGACGUGUUCGGCGCGGCCGACGUGGCCCCGGCGGGUGUGCGCGGGCGGAGGCCGCUCGGCCUGCUCGCCGCAGGCGGCCCGGGCGAGGGCCCGCCGCUGGCGAGGAGCCGCACGAUGCCGGCUGGGCCCAGAUGGACGACGGGCCACGUUCAGUUCGAGAACUCUCACGGCAGGGCGCUCGACACCGGCCCGUCCGAGUCCCUCGUCGUGUCGGGUUCGGGCUCGGGCUCGUUGCAUGUGCUCAGGCCGAGGGCCCUGAGGUCCCGCACGUUGCUGAGCAUGACAGACGGGUCUUACGCAGGCCCGGACCUCCAGGGCCACGUUCAGUUCGAGAACUCUCAUGGCAGGGCGCUCGACACCGGCCCGUCCGAGUCCCUCGUCGUGUCGGGUUCGGGCUCGGGCUCGUUGCAUGCGCUCAGGCCGAGGGCCCUGAGGUCCCGCACGUUGCUGAGCAUGACAGACGGGUCUUACGCAGGCCCGGACCUCCAGGAUAGCGGGGCGUGGCAGGUGAGCGGCGAGUUGGAGGUGGAAGUCCCUGUCGGUGCCCCUGAUGCAGGCCUUGGAGAGCAUCCCAGGGGCUCGCCCAGUGCCGUCGUGAAGGAGGAGUCCGAGGGGAGGGUAGAGGAGAUGUUCGGCGUGCUCUCCGCUCCUCGCAAGGGCGCCGCGUUCGCGGCGGGUGUUUUUUUCAGCCAUGGGAUGCUGCUGCCGCUAUUUCUGGACACGCAAGCGGCCACCUGGGGCGAGGCCUUGUUCGCAGACGUCGACGACCUGGAGUGCGAGGGCGCGGAGAAGAGUGAGUUGAAGCAGAUCCACGCGGCGAAGGCGGACACCGCCGAGCUGGCCGCCGAGAGGCGGCAGGCCAACGAUGGCGGGGCAGCCGACGUCGCAGCCGAUGCCAGCGGCGGCGAAGCGGCCCGGGAGCCCGCUGGGCGGCAGGCAGCCUGCAGGCAGCCGUCGGCGGUCCAAGCGGGGGCGGUCAACCUGUUGGCGCCCGAGUCCGCGGCGGCGCAGGCGGCCUUCCAGCCGGCCAAGGGCGGCGCCACGGGUAACCCGUGCAAGGCAAGAGGCAAUAAAGACCUCAGGGCGAGGCUGCUGGAGAGGCACCACGGCAGCACGCCGCCGACUUUUGCAGGAAUGGGACGGCCAGCCGAGUGCACCGUCUGCAAGUCGUGCGGCGAGUGGCGGUGGAACUCCAAGCUGGAGAACAUGGGGUACCGCGGCAGCUCCUGCAACAAGAUGCUGCCGAAGCCCAGGGUCGCCAAGGCCACGCAGGAGGAGGCGACUCGCAAAGGCGGCGGCAGCACAGGCGGCGGGAAGGCGAGCGGCAAGGGCAAGGGCCCAGAGCAGCUGACUCAGGCACUGCAGCGGAUCACCGCCUCCCUAGGACAGUUGCAGAUAGAGGGAAGCGCAACAAUCACCGAGCAGAUCGAGGUGGCGGCCUCGGCAUUGCAGGCGGCGAGGACGACGUCGCCGCCCAAGCCGAGGGCCGAGAGGAUGGCCACAGCAGCGCGCGCACUGCAAGCAGCGCAGAGGCAGCACUCCCUGGCGUUCUCGGCGAAGCAGAAGGCAGAGGAGGAGGCGCGCAAGGCUAGAGUGCUGCUCGAGGAGAGAGCAGAAGCUGUGCUGCAGGCAGAGGAGGAGUGCGACGCGAUCCACAACGAGGGCAAGCAAGGCCCCAUGGCAGGCAUCAUCGAGCAGCUCGUGACGGGGCAGCUCGACGAGUUGACCGAAGGGCAGUUGGCAGCUGACAUCAGCAAGAAGUUCGCACUGGCAGACGACGACUUGGACGAAUAA